AUGAAAGAAUGUGGGGCCCCUUUCGAGAAUGUAUCUGAAGUGGCACAAGCAUCACUCGCUCCUUCUUCCCCCUCCUUUUCGUGCAUGGCAGUGUGUGAGAAGGUGGAAUCUAAAGGGCGCACCACGUACAAUGAGGUAGCAGACGAGCUCGUGGCAGAGUUCACAGGGCUGCAAGGCACUGCCACCCUGCCGCAAGACCAGCGGCAGGUGUAUGACAUGACCCCUCCAGCCCUCUCCCACCACGCCCCUCCCACUACACCCCCCUCCCCUCGCCCCUCCGGCAGCAGUACGAUGAGAAGAACAUUCGGUGGCGGGUGUACGAUGCACCCCUCCGCUUUGUCCCGCCAUCUCCCCUCUCUGCCCCAAAUCCCCUCUACCUGCGCAGUACGACGAAAAGAACAUCCAGCGGCGGGUGUACGACGCGUUGAACGUGCUGAUGGCGAUGGAAGGGCCUUCCUCCUCUGCCCCCCCCCACUUCCCCCCCACCUCUCCCACCUCCCCCUGCCCCCUCAACCCCCUCGGCAGCAGUACGACGAGAAGAACAUUCGGCGGCGGGUGUACGACGCGCUGAACGUGCUGAUGGCGAUGGACAUCAUCUCCAAGGAGAAGAAGGAGAUCAAGUGGAAGGGCCUCCCGCCCUCCUCUGCUUCGCACCAGCUCCUCCUGGUGCGUGUGGUGUGUGCUGUGGUGUGUGCUGUGGUGUGUGCUGUGCUGUGCUGUGGUGUGUUGCUGCUCGUGCUGAUGACGAUGGACAUCAUCUCCAAGGAGAAGAAGGAGAUCAAGUGGAAGGGCCUCCCCCCCUCCUCCGCCUUGCACCAGCUCCUCCUGGUGCGUGUGGCGGAGUCAUCACGCGUGCGCAGUCGCGUGGAAAAGAAGGCCGCCCAUCUCGAGGAGUUGAAGGAGCAGGUAUGCCACCCCUCUCUCCUCUCCACUUUCUAUCAAGGAGCAGGUAUGCCACCCUCUCUCCCUCCUCUUCACUCUCGUUCUAGGAGCAGGUAUGCUUCCUUCUCUCUCCCCCCCUCGCGCUUGCUCCAUCUUGCUCCAUUUUCCUUGCUGCUGUUCUACUUCUCCUCUGCACCUUCUGUGUUCCUCUUGGCAUGCUCUUUUGCCUAUGGCCGGCAUCGAGCGUCUCAUGCGCCGCAACGAGGCCAGCAGCCAGCAGGGGGGCCCACCUGCGGGUGGCGGGGUGGCGCUGCCAUUCAUUCUCGUGCAGGUACAUGCAAAGCGGAAUCAGAAUGGUACCGUUAUCCUCUCUAUUCCUCUCUCUUCCUUUCUCUUCCCUCUCAACCCUUCUCUCUUCCCCCUCUCCCUCCCUCUUCCCUCUCUCUUCCUCUCUCUUCCCCCUCACUUUCUCCCUCUUCCCUCUCACUCCCCCUUUUUUCUGUCUAUGGCACGGAGCAGACCCGCCCACAGGCAACGGUGGAGGUGGAGAUAUCGGAGGAGACAUGCAGCUCCUGUCUCACCUCCUCUUUCCUCCUCUCCCCCUCCGUGCUCCUCUGUGGUGUGCAGACCCGCCCACAGGCAACGGUGGAGGUGGAGAUAUCAGAGGACAUGCAGCUCGUGCACUUUGACUUCAGCACCACGCCCUUCGAGCUGCACGAUGACAGCUAUGUACUGCGAGCCAUGGGUGCUAAUGGUGUGGGGAGUGGCGUGGCCGGAGCAGGAGGGCCAGGGGGUCAGCCUGGCAGGGCAGACCGUGUGAUCUACUCUCCGCCUCAGCAGCAGCAGCAGCCGCAGCAGCAGCAGGGGCAGCAGCAGCCGCAGGGGCAGUACCAAUCAGCUGCGCAGGUUCCAGUGCAAGCUAUGGGUGCAUCUGCGCUUGCCCCAGGCCAAAUGGCACCUCAACUUCAGACUCAGGGAUCCGCAGCUGUGCACCUUCCACAGCAGCAGCAGCUGCAACAGCAGCCACAGCAGCAGCAGCAGGUGGCACAGCAAGGGAUGGUGGGGAGUGCGCCUCAGAUGCAAAUGGCAGGAGGGGGGGUGAUGGGUGGGGGUAGUCGUGCUUACCAAGCAGGGGUUGCAGCACCACCCACUUCUACUGUCACCUCUCCUCCUCCUGCCCCUGGCAGUAGUAUGGGUGCUGAUACCAUGGGACAAAACCCUGGAGGGAUGGAGGGGCCAGGGCAAGGAGGUGCACUGGGGGAGAUGCAGCAGAGUCAGGGGGGGCAGUAUGGGCAGGGGCAGGUGCAAGGGGGCAUGGCAGGAGAGGCGAUUGGGGAGGGUGGGGUGGCUGGGUCAGGAACAAGCGAGCACAUGCAAGGGGGGUAUUAG